AUGGCAAAUCGAAUCAAAACUCCGACAAAUGUCAAACUUCUCACCAAUGUAGCAGUGGUCCGAAUGAAAAAAUGUGGAAAACGAUUUGAAAUUGCAUGUUACAAAAAUAAAGUAAUUAGCUGGAGGAAUAAAACAGAAAAAGACAUCGAUGAAGUUUUGCAGACACAAACGGUAUUUACUAAUGUAUCUAAAGGGCAGGUAGCGAAACGCGAAGAGCUUAAUACUGCUUUUGGUACGGACAACCAGUUGGAAAUUUGUAAAAUAAUUCUAGAAAAAGGUGAUCUUCAAGUUUCGGAGAAAGAGCGCCUGGCGCAAUCCGAUUCGUCAUUUAAAGAAAUUGCUAAUUUAAUAGCGAACAUGUGUGUGAAUCCGGAUACAAAGCGUCCUUAUUCUAGUAGUGUUAUCGAAAAUGCUUUGCAUGAAACACAUUUAAGUCUGAAGCCCAAUCGUUCAGUAAAGCAACAAGCCUUGGAAAUAAUUCCCAAACUGCGUGAAUCAAUGAAAAUUGAUCGGGCAGAAAUGCGACUUCGAGUGUCUGUUGAAGCAAAAGAAGCUAAACGCAUGCAUGAUCGAUUAAAAGGGAUGUUCACAAAAAUUGAAGUUGAAGAUUGGGAGCAAGGAAAUCUUGAGAUGAUAGGACUAAUUGAUCCUGGUGCAUAUCGGCCAAUCGAAGAGUUGCUUCAGAAAGAAACAAAAAAGGCAGGACAUUUGGAAUUACUAGCGCUCAAAGUUAUUGGUGAAGGUGAUGUCGAAAUUUCAUGA